AUGGCACCUCGCUCCCAACUGGUCGGAUCUGAUGACAAAGAGAAUCAGACCGGUGCCAGCUCUGACCUGACCGAGAUCUUUUCAGACAACUGCUCUGAUAGUGACUCCACCAGCGACCUGGAACUUGAUAGUGAGGAUGCAGAUGAUGAAGAUUAA